CCGUGUCCGGCUGAGUAGCGAGACUCGUAGCGUGACCUCUACUGCAGUUGAAAACACUCCAGAGCCGAGGGUGAAUCAAUUGGCUGCAGGGAUGCGAGUCGUUUGUGCUUGAAACAUUACUCUCAGAUAACAGCAACACAAAACAGGCAUAUGUCCUCGGAGCCGCUUGAUUUCCGACUCGGGGAGAAUAGUGUGACAGUCGGCGCUGAGCCUGUUCCUGCACAGCAACAUCGACAUGGGUGUGAUCAGUGUGCAACUGGUGGUUACCAUGGUAAUGGCCUGCGUGAUUCAGAAAAUUAUACCUCACUACUCCUUCGCAAGAUGGCUGCUUUGCAGUGGCAGUCUGCGUUGGUACCAGCAUCCAACAGAAGAUGAGUUGAGGAGCCUUGCUGGAAAGCACCAGAAAGGAGGGAAGAACAAAAAGGAAAGGAAAUACAAUGGGCACAUAGACAACAAGCCACUGACGGUUCCCAAAGACAUCGACCUCCAGCUGGAAACGAAAUGUAUUGCCGAAGUGGACACACUAGCUUUGCACUACUUCCCGGAGUUUCAGUGGCUGGUGGACUUCACAGUGGCAGCGACAGCAGUGUACCUCAUCACUGAGCUGUACUUCUGUGUGGCUGAGCCUAACGGAGAGAUGAACAUCAGUGUGGUGUGGAGUUUGUUAGUGCUGGCCUUUGUUAUUAAGAUCCUCUUCUCCCUCACGGCUCACUACUUUAAGCUGGAGGAAGGUGGCGAGCGAUCCCUCUGUAUCACCUUUGGGUUCUUCUUCUUUGUCAAAGCAAUGGCCAUCCUCAUUGUCACUGAGAACUACCUGGAGUUUGGACUUGAGACGGGUUUUGCUAAUUUUUCUGAAAGUGCUGUUCAGUUUCUGGAGACCCAAGGCCUGCAGUCCCAGGGCCCCAUAUCCAAACUAACCUUUAAGCUGGUUCUGGCUCUACUCUGCUCUCUGAUUGGAGCAUUCCUUACCUUCCCUGGGCUGCGAUUGGCCCAGAUGCAUCUUGAUGCCCUCACCCUAAACAUCAGCAAAGUCACACAGACGUUGCUGCAUAUCAACUUCUUGGCCCCACUUAUAAUGGUACUGUUGUGGGUGAAGCCCAUAACCAAGGAUUAUAUAAUGAAUCCCACACUGGGGAAAGAAAGUGUGCCUUUAAUGUCAGAGAAGACGUACGACACGCUGCGCCUGUGGGCCAUUCUGCUGCUGUGCGCACUGAGGCUGGCCAUGAUGCGCCACCACCUACAGGCCUACCUCAACCUGGCCCAGAAGGGUGUUGAGCAAAUGAAGAAGGAAGCAGGGCGCAUCAGCACGGUCGAGCUGCAGAAAAUGGUCGCUCGAGUCUUUUACUACCUAUGUGUGAUAGCUCUUCAGUAUGUAGCACCACUGGUGAUGCUGCUGCAUACAACUUUGCUGCUAAAGACAUUAGGUGGACAUUCCUGGGGCAUUUAUGCUGAAGAGAAUGAGGACUCUCACCUGGACACAGCAGAACAAGCAGAAGCUCAGGCACCACAAACAGUGGCACAGCUCUCUGUGGCUUUGGGAGGACUGAGGACCGUUUUCACUCCUUUGCUUUUUCGAGGCCUCCUCUCCUUCCUCACCUGGUGGAUUGCUGCCUGUUUAUUCUCCACAUCUCUCUUUGGCCUCUUUUACCACCAGUACCUGAUGGCUGCAUAGCGACGGGCUACCUGCGGGCCAGUGCUAGCAGAGAGGACUGUACAGCCAAAGGCCCAGAAACUCCAUCACUUUCUUUUCACCAUAUCUCUCUGACGGGCUUCCUUUAUGGACUUUGAUGUCCUUUUUUUUUUUUUUUUUUUUUUUUUAAAUGUGUUUUCAGCAUCACGUUCAGUCAACCAUUGCGAACAAUAACAAUAAUAGUAAUAAUGAUUAAUGAUUUGAUAUUCAUAAUGUUGGGAAUAGUGAAUGGAAGAUUAUCUCCUGGGUAGGGGUGUGUAUGUUGAUUUAACAAUGCAGGACACCCAUGAAUAUGCAGAUGGAUAAAUUUUUAUGGGCCUUUUUUGUUUGUUUUAAACACACUGAGAAUUUUGAAGUUGUGCAUUGCUUAUUGAGAUACUGUAUUUUUAGAGUUCUAAAUGGAUGAUAGAUGAUAUGCAAAAAAAAAAAAAGCGGGGUUUUUAAAUGUGAUUUUAAGUCAUUUUUCACGUUCACCUCUGAAACUUGGCUUUGCUGUAGGGAAGGUGGACACCCCCAGUGUUAUACGAAUCUAAUAACUAACAAAUGCUGUAUUACGGCAAAGAAUAGCGCUGGGGCCGUGGAUAGCACCUGGGAGGGGGGCGUAUUAAUUAAAUGUGGGGGUUGUUUUUAUCUUUAUUGCCAGGCAGGUGCUUAAUAGGCCUUCCUGUUUGAGUUUGUGUAACUGUACAAAGACUGAGCUAAUUUAACAGUAUGUGUGUGUGCAUGUGUGUGAGAACAGACAAGUGUUAGAAUAAAGACAUCAAUGCCUGGAGGCUGCAGCUGACCCCUGCCGCUUGCAGGCAUAAAUCUAAAAAGGGCAUUUUGAACAAGAAAGGAGCGAUCUUUGGAAACGAUCUAAAGCACUGGCCUCCGCUCUGCUCCUGCCUCUCCUUUUAGUUUAACUGGUCAAACGUUUUGCUUUGAAUCUAGGGUCCAGCGUGAUCAAACAGAGCCUGCAAGUGCACCGCACAUGCUACCAUGUCAUGCCUAUUGAUUUGCCGUCACGGCUCUAGUAUUUGGAUUGAUUUCCGUUUAGCUUUAUAUUAAGGUGCCAAGGAUGCGUGUAAGCUCUAAUCUGUUGUGAGUGUAACUGCUUGUGUCCAUUCGCAGACAUCGAGCCAUGUGGCCUGCUGUGAAAUGUAAGUAUUCACACUCAACUGUUCUCUGCAGUGUACAAGCAAUAGGGGGAAAAAACCUCAUGGCUUGUUAAUACGAAGAGAGUUUGGUGUGAUUUGUGUACCUCGUGUGCCGCAGUAUAGCAGUGUAUGAGUCUGAAUUCUGCAGAUUUUUAUACAUUUUGGUCAGUAAAAACAUGGGGAUUGCACUACAGCUCAGACAAGCAGAACAGAUACAGGAUACACAUAUCAGUUUGAUUUGUAAUGGUGUCUUUUUUUUAUUGUUAUUACCAUUUUAACUCUUUUAUGAGUUAUAAAAGUCAGUCUUAUCCUCUCUCUCCAUUUUGCAUUUUGGAGAGUGUGCACAAUAUGAAUGUAUCUGUCCUGUGGUUUUGAUGUAUGAUUUUUCAUUUGUUCAUUAUUUUUUCCUGGUUCAACGACAAAUUUUCAACUUGGCCAAACCGGUGACAGUUUUUGGUUAGUAUUGCUGACCAAAUCAGUUAUUUAUUUAACAUGCAGUGGUUUAACAUUCAGAAGGCUGUCUGUUGCCUGGGAUACCAUGCCUUUGAGUCAGUAUUAAGAAGAGGAAUGGGACAGGAACAGUGUUCCAAUAAUUAUGAAAUUUGGCUGAAAUGUACUUUGCACAAUCAUCACCUAAUCAGUCAGUCAUAUAUCCAGUGUCAUUAGACCAUUUAUGAGCAUUUAAAAGCUCUUUAUCACUUGCAAGCAAGAAACUACUGACUUUGCCAAGUUAUCAAGUUAUCAGAUUCUUACCUUUUUGUCUUUUCUAGCACUUCUAAUUUCAAACAAGUAGUUGAAGAGUGACCAAGAGCAGAAGGAAGCUGUUUAUCAUUUACUAAAUACCUCUUUUUCAUCAUAGCUACGUGUCUUUAAACAUUUCAAACCUAAUGCCAAAUAACAUAUAAUCUUGGGUUCUUAACCGGGGCCGUUUGGAUUUCACAAGACAAAUUUGACAAAUCAUUUGUAAAAUUCCUAUUCUUUUUCUUUCUUUCUUUAUUUUCUCCAUUGACUUCUAGUGGAGAUGAAGCUGGGACACUUCUUAAAAUCCACAAGCCAGAAUGGCCUUGUUUGUCUUAAUUGUGUUUUAUGUAUAGCGGUUCUACUGUUUUAUUUAUUAUUUUUUGUUAGUUUGUGUUUAAUAAAUGAAUGUUGAGGGAAA